UGACACAAACUUUGGUCGUCUUCACCAAGAUGUUCAAUAAAGCACGUGACGAGAAUGGACAGCAGGCAGAGGCUGAAAAGAAGAAAUUGGAGAAGGAAGCUCUGAAAGAACAGGCUGGAGCAAACUCAUCUGCGAGAAAAGAGGUUGACUCCGAUGGCUUUGCCGAAAUUCGAAACAAGCUGCGGCACCACCACCACUACCUUUCUGUAGAGAUGCUGCUGCCUUCACUGCCACUGAAAUCCCUCAGCUCAAUCGAAGACUCGAACUCCUUCGAUUCUCAGAUCUUCGACUCAGUUCUUCGACCCACACAGAUACACCCUCUUCAUCCUUUAAUCGACAAUCUAAGGAUAGAGUCUCAAGUCACCUCUCCCACUCGUCGUCGCACGCUGCAACCAUCGUCCGGCAUUUGCCCUCCGUCGUCUCUGUCAGCCCUCUGCUUUGGUUGUUUUAUCACCUCACCCCCAUUGAAGCCGCUGAACUUUAGCGGAAAUAUGGGUCCGAUUGGUGACCCAACGGUUGAACUGACUCAUCGAUGUGGUGACUUCACUGGGUUGCUGUUUGAGUCGGGUUUAAUAACUAUGGCCGCGCCCCGCCUCUCUCUUGGCGUCACCCUCUCUCUCCACUCCCUCCUCCGCCGCAUAGCCCACGAAGACGACGGCGGUCUUAUCUCCCCUCAGUCUAUGUAA